AUGAAUCCAAUGACUGGUCCUUCGGGUGCGCCAGUUCUAUGGCAGGAGGCACAAAAUGCUGAAGGCAGAGUCUACUAUUACAAUGUGCAAACGAAGGUGACGCAGUGGGCCAAGCCGGCAGAGCUGAUGACCCCCGUGGAGCGUGCCCUUUCCAAUCAACCUUGGAAGGAAUACACGGCAGAAGGAGGGCGCAAGUACUGGUACAACACGGAGACCAAGGAGAGCACGUGGGAGAUCCCUGAGGUUUACAAAAAUGCGCUCGCACAGGCUCCGGCUGCCCCAGCUUCAGUUGCUCCGGUGGCCCCUGUUGCUGCCCCCGCCUUCGUAGCAGGCGGCGCCAGCUCUUUCGCACAACACCCCCAUCGCGAGCGCGAGCGAGACCGUGACCGUGACCGCGAUCGUGAACGUGACCGUGACCGCGACGACUAUGAUCGGGGAUAUAGAGACCGCCGAGGAGGAUAUGGAUCCUACGAUCCCAGCGAGAUGAUGGCUGCAUCAGCUCUGGCGACCCAGACCGACCCCGAGUAUGCCUCCCUUGAAGAAGCAGAAAGCGCCUUCAUGAAAAUGCUCAAGAGAAAUAACGUUCAGCCCGAUUGGUCCUGGGAGCAGACGAUGCGCGCCACUAUUAAAGAUCCCCAAUAUCGUUCUCUGAGGAAUCCGACCGAUCGCAAGGCAGCUUUUGAAAAAUACGCCGCCGAGGUUCGCAUGCAGGAAAAGGAUCGGGCGAAAGAACGAUUCGCUAAGCUGCGUGCAGAUUUCAAUACUAUGCUGAAGCGGCAUCCUGAAAUCAAGCACUACAGUCGUUGGAAGACCAUCCGGCCCAUUAUCGAGGGCGAGACCACGUUCCGCGCUACCAACGAUGAGAAUGAGCGGCGCCAGCUCUUUGAGGAGUAUGUGAUUGAACUCAAGAAAGCUCACGUUGAACAAGAGUCUGCAACUCGCAAGGCAGCCAUAGACGAGCUCAUGACCAUUCUCAACUCUCUCAAGCUUGAGCCGUAUACGCGCUGGUCGGAGGCCGAGGCGGUCAUAGAGUCUAAUGAUCAAGUCAAAGCCGAUGAUAAGUUCAAGACCCUCACCAAGUCUGACAUUCUGACUGCCUUUGAAAAUCAUAUCAAGUCUUUGGAGCGUGCAUUCAAUGAUGCUCGGCAGCAACAAAAGGCUAUCAGGACCAGAAAGGAGCGCCGUGGUCGUGAAGGCUACCUAGAGCUGUUGAAGGAGCUCAAGUCCCAAGGAAAAAUCAAGGCUGGCAGCAAAUGGAUGGAUAUUCGUCCUAUCAUCCAAGAUGACCCCCGGUAUCAGGCAAUUCUCGGCCAGUCCGGGUCAACCCCUCUUGACCUCUUCUGGGAUGCGGUUGAGGAAGAGGAGCGCUCCCUUCGCGGCCCUCGUAAUGACGUUUUGGACGUCCUUGACGACAAACGCUACGAGGUUACUGCCAAAACUACGCUGGAGGAGUUCACCGAGGUUAUGCUUUCUGAUCGUCGGACUGCUAAGGUUGAUUCCGACAUCUUGAGUCUUCUUUUCCAGCGCAUUCAAGAGAAAGCCGUUCGACGCGACGAGGAGGAGAAACAUGCAGCUGAUCGCCAUCAGCGCCGCGCAGUUGACGCACUUCGCUCUCGGAUUAAGCGUCUGGAGCCCCCUGUUCGUCUAACCGAUACCUGGGACGAGGUUAAAUCACGCCUGGAGAAGUACGAAGAGUACAAGGCUGUUGAAUCCGACGAGCUCCGUGAAUCCGCGUUCGAAAAGGUCAUUCGUCGCCUAAAGGAGAAGGAAGAAGACGAGAAGGAUCGUGAUCUCCGGGAUCGUGACCGGGAUCGGGAUCGCGAACGCGACCACAGCCGCCGUCGUGACUAUGACCGAGGCGAUCGCGAUUAUCGCAGCAGCCGUGGUGAACGACGUGGUGGCAGCCGAGUCAGCCGUACCCCCGAGCCUGAUGCGUACGAGGCCGACCGCCGCAAGGCACAGGCAGACCGCGAACGAUCCUACCGCAAGGUCAGCGCAUUCUCCCCCUCUCGAGAUCGUCGUGAUGAUCGUGAACGCGACAGAGGAGAUCGCGAUCGCGAGCGUGAUCGUUACCGCGAGCGUGAGCGUGAACGUGAUCGGGGAGAUCGUGAUUAUGAACGACGUCCCGGCGACCGGCGGGAGGACGAGCGCGAGCGUCUCUAUCGCACUCGUGGAGAUCCCCGCGGUGGCCGCGACGAGCUUGAUUACGGUGAAACUCGUAGCACUGCCACUCCGGAUCGUCGACGCCGUCGGGAGAGCGACUCUGAGAGUGUGGCUAGCCGGUCAACGAAGCGAUACCGCCGCGAUAGCCGUGAGCGAGACCGGAGCAAGGGCCCUCGACGCGGCGGACGGGAACGCUCUGCGAUCCCAGAAGCAGCAGAGAGCAAGAAGGACGAGAAGGCCAUUCACUCUGGUAGCGAGGAGGGAGAGAUCGAGGAGGAUUAA